AUGUCAAGCGAUCUCAAUGAACAUACGAAGAGCGAUGAUUACGAGAUUGUGCGUAAGAUUAGCACUGAGAAACACGCAGAUUUAUUUGAAGGUGUCCGUGUAACAGACUACACAAGAUGUAUCCUCAAACCUGCCAAGCAAGUGGGGCGGGACAGAAUAGAGCGAGAAGUCAAGAUUCUUCAUUCCCUUAGAGGGGGCGUUAACAUCCCAUUGUUAUAUGAUGUUAUUCGAUACAGCCCGCUGGAACUACCAUCGUUGGCUCUCGAAUACGUGGAAAACAUCGACUUCCGACGUUUAUAUCCCACCUUUGGUGGCGAUGAUGUCCGAUAUUACAUUAAAGAACUUCUGAAAGCUCUUCAAUUUGCUCAUGGCAAGAGUAUAAUGCAUAGAAACAUUCGCCCUCACAUCAUCAUGAUUGACCCUACACAGCGAAAGUUACGUUUAUUCGGUUGGGAUUUCGCAGAAGUUUAUGAGCCCAACUCGCUAUAUAACUUUCGCGUCGGCGGGGUAUUUCACAGAGCCCCCGAAUUGCUAUUAUACCACGAAAGGUAUGACCUUAGCGUAGACAUGUGGAGUGUAGGGGUUAUACUUGCUUCUAUGAUCUUUCGAAAAGAGCCAUUCUUUCAUGGGGCGAGCGGUUCCCUCAUAGUUCAGAACAUGGCCAGGGUGUUGGGUACCAAGGGCCUACUUAAUGUUGUGGAAAAGUAUGACAUGGAAAUGCCUCCAGACGGCCUUGAAGAUAUCCCAUACUUCGAAAAGGCCCCUUGGCAGGAUCUCUUCGACGAAAAUAAUGAGAAAUACGCAAGCGCCGAGGGGAUAGAUCUCCUAGAUAAAUUGCUUCGGUGGGAUCCCAAGGAAAGAAUAACUGCUGAUGAUGCCAUGAAACACGCAUAUUGUAGCUAA